AGCAAGGAAGUGCAAAGGUGUGUGAGAAGAAAGGAGGAAUGAUGAAGAGAAGAGGUGACUGAUAUCAUUCAUUCACUGCAGCAGGAGCAGCACCACCGCAGCAAACACACACCAAAGAAAAAAAGAAAACCUUUCGAUCCCAAAAAAGUCAUCUUUUUUCCCACCCCACUUUCUCUCUUCCCAAACACCGCCGUAUUUCGCUUUCUCCUUUCUUUUAUCCCUUCCAUGCCAUACUCCUCUUCAAUUUCCCUUUUUUAAUCUUAUCUUUCUUCUCUCUAACCCCUUCUUCCAUUAAACUGACACAUCAAGACCUGUUGCUGUUGGAGAGCAAAAGGGUCUCAUUUACUCUCUCUCUUUCUCUCUCUUUCUCUCUCUCACACACAACACACAUACUCUUUUUUCUCUUCUGUGAUUGCACUCUCUCCGAUGGGAGCUCGUUGCUCUAAAUUCUCUCUCUGCUGGUGGCCUUCCCACGUCAAAUCAAACCUCCAUGAUUUGUCUGAUAAUGAUGAUGAUGGGAAGAGGAAUGAGAAGGAUCCUUGGGGAGGGUUCAGUGAGUACAGUUUGGAUCAGCUGAGAGUUGCCACCUCAGGAUUCUCACCAGACAACAUUGUCUCGGAACACGGUGAGAAGGCUCCAAAUGUUGUCUACAAAGGGAGGCUUGAGGACGAUAGGACGGUUGCUGUGAAGCGCUUCAAUAAGUCUGCUUGGCCUGAUUCUCGACAAUUCCUAGAGGAGGCACGUGCUGUGGGGCAACUGAGGAGUGAAAGAUUGGCUAACUUGGUUGGGUGUUGCUGUGAGGGAGAAGAGAGAUUGCUUGUUGCAGAGUUCAUGCCCAAUGAAACUCUCUCUAAACACCUUUUUCAUUGGGAAGCCCAGCCUAUGAAAUGGGCAAUGAGGCUGAGGGUGGCCUUGUAUUUAGCUCAAGCUUUGGAAUACUGCAGCAGUAAAGGAAGGGCAUUGUACCAUGAUCUUAAUGCUUAUAGAAUUUUGUUUGAUCAGGAAGGCAACCCUAGACUCUCUUGUUUUGGACUCAUGAAAAACAGUAGGGAUGGCAGAAGCUAUAGUACAAAUUUAGCCUUCACACCUCCAGAGUACUUGAGGACAGGAAGAAUCACUGCUGAAAGUGUAGUUUACAGUUUUGGCACCCUAUUACUUGAUCUUCUCAGUGGAAAGCAUAUCCCACCGAGUCAUGCACUUGAUCUUAUACGAGGCAAAAAUUUUCUGUUGCUAAUGGACUCAUGUUUGGAAGGUCAUUUUUCAAAUGAUGAUGGAACUGAGUUAGUGAGAUUAGCUUCGCGCUGUUUACAGUAUGAACCUCGUGAGAGACCAAAUGUUAAGUCGCUCGUGACUGCUCUGACCCCUCUUCAGAAAGAAACUUCGGUACCGUCAUAUGUUUUAAUGGGCAUACCAGAUAGGAGUCUGUCAUCAAAGGAAACAGUUUCAUUAACACCUUUUGGUGACGCUUGUUCCAGAAGAGAUCUGACUGCAGUACAUGAGAUUUUGGAUAAAGUGGGCUACAAGGAUGAUGAAGAUGUUGCUAAUGAGCUUUCCUUUCAAAUGUGGACAAAUCAAAUACAAGAUACUCUAAAUUCUAAGAAGCAAGGCGAUUCUGCUUUCCAUGCUAGAGACUUCUCUACAGCCAUUGACUGCUAUACACAAUUCAUCGAUGGUGGAACCAUGGUAUCACCUACCGUGUAUGCCAGACGCUGCUUAUGCUAUCUGAUGAAUGACAUGGCUCAAGAGGCACUUGGAGAUGCCAUGCAUGCUCAAUCAAUAUCUCCAACCUGGCCCACUGCAUACUAUCUUCAAGCAGCUGCUCUCUUCAACCUUGGCAUGGACAAUGAUGCACAGGAAAGUCUUAAAGAUGGAACAACACUGGAAACCAGGAAGUAUAGAAACUGAAACUGUAUAGUCUUUUUCUCUCUUCUACUUCCCCUCAUUGAUCAAGCGAAAUUUUUACAUAUCACUGUUAGUUGUAUGUAAUUUAUAUAUGCUUUUUAGACUCCUACGAUGACUCUAUGGCCUCCCUGCAUUCUCUUGUAUUUUUGGUCCAAUGAUGUGAAUCUCAUUGCUCAGAUUCUCAUUAAAGAUUUCCUAUUUCCAA